CACAAAACGCGCAACAACGCUGCAAAUAGCACACGAACAACAACGAAGAUGAGUGCUCGUGACGCUUGUGUUGCAGCGGCACAUGUGGACGCGGACGACGAGCGUUGCUCGCGCGGAGAAGACCCGGCAAGCACGAGAGAAGGCGGCGAUGAACAAGGCGGCGACCGUGCACAGGAGGCGCAACAACAAGCCGAGGUCGUGCCCACAACCACAACCCACAGCAGCAGCGACGACAACGACACAGCGACAGCCACAACCUCGGAUGCAGAGGAGGAGUCGAAGAGCAGCAACGACGAACUGGAAUCACAGGCAAAGGAAAGGCCCGACGACCAGCGCCACUCGACACAAGCCCACAAACCCAAGAAGCAAGAGCCUGACAUUGACCCACAGGUUGCAGCCAUGCAGGAAGGAGCGGCGCAGGCGCUGGUGGGGCGACUCAAGCUCACCUCGGCCAUCACCCUUCGCCUCACAUGCAGCACGUCCUCAACAGUCAAGGUGACCUACUCCAAGGGCACGCUGCAGUUUGAGCCGACAGACAAGGCGCCGAGGCGCAUGGCAAAGCUGCUCAAGAAGACAUGGGUGCCAUACUUCUAUGCGCGCUCUGGCCUCCUAUGCGAGCAGAGCAGCCUGCACUUCAUGAUCAUCCGGUGCCACGAGCCGGGACAGACGAAACAGAACACCUCCAUCUUCUACCUCGGCUUCAGUCGGGAGUCGGAGCUCAUGGAGUGGUUCCGGCUGCUGGGCGCCGUCAUGAACAUGCCAACCAUCAAGCCCUUCUUCAUCUCCGAGGAGCAGGUUACGGUCUGCAAGCGCCUUGGUGCUGGCGCCUUUGGCUCCGUCUACAAGGGCAAGUUUGGCGAGCACGAUGUCGCCAUCAAGUUCCAAAAGGCGCUGGAAGACGAUGUGGAGGCGAUAUCCGAGUUUAUCAACGAGGCUGCACUGCUUGCCGCCCUCGACCACCCCUGCCUCACCCGCCUCCACGGCAUUUACACCCGUGAGACGGACAACCAGGGCUUUCCCGUGUUGGAGCUCGUCCUCGUCAUUGAACUCUGCACCGGUGGCACGCUGACAGACCACAUCAACCGCAUCAAGCCAACCGACCUCAAUGCACACCGCAGCGAGCUGCUGCGACUCAUGCACGAGCUGUUUACGGGAUUGGCCUAUCUUCACGCCAGGGCUGUGGUGCAUCGCGACUUGAAGCCGGACAAUCUGCUGCUCACCGCGGACGGCCACCUCAAGAUCUGUGAUUUCGGACAGGCCAAAAACAUCAGCGGCAGCGGCUCCAGACACAUGACAGCCAAUGUGCGAGGGUCCUUGCUAUGGCGUGCCCCUGAAAUCAUGACUGGAUUGCGCAAGGAGACGAGCGCACGUGCAUCACGCAUCACCUACUACGACACAGCGGUCGACAUCUACUCGGCGGGUAUUGUCAUGUGGCAGACCCUGACGCGGAAAGUGCCCUACGAAGACAUUGAGUCGUCGUUUGACAUUGAAUUGGGCGUUGCGCGCGGGACGCUGCGUCCACCUGUCGACGACAUCUGUAUGCCGCGCAUCCAGCGCAUCAUGACGAAAUGUUGGGCACAGCGGCCCGACGACAGGCCGAGUGCGCUGGAGGUGGUGACGCGGCUGGAGUCGUCGCUGCUGUUUGAGUGCACGGAGCCGGACGACGAGGAGGAGGCCGAGUUGCAGUGCACGCUGCACGAAGCGCAGCAGAAGCACAAGGCAGCAAUGUGCCCAUUGACAGACCGGGCAAUGCCAUUCCACUUUGAACGGCAGGCGCGAAGUAGCGGCGAUGGAACCGGCGACAAGGCCGGCGGCAAGCAGGGCGACCACGGGCACGACGACGACCACCACCAUGCACAGGGCACGGCCACGGUUGGCGAUCUCGUGUUUGCGCGGGACGGGGACAUUUCGCUUGAUGAGCAGCUGAAGACGCUCGACUUCAUUCGCCGCGAGAUUGAACUCUUGCGCACACACAAGAACGUGCAGGUCACGAUUGCGACGAUGGUGGAGGCCAUGCGGCAGCCGGACAUUGGGCUGUGUCUCGCCAACAACACGUUCCUCGGCAAGUCCAUCCCAGAGUCGUUUGUUGGGCGGCAGAUGACCAAGUGGCUGAUGGACAUUGGCGGCCUCUCACGCAACAAGGCGCAGGAGGUGGCGCAGCUCACUCGCGAGGUUGGCUGCAUUGAGCACACGUUCCGCUCCUUCGGGUUCAGCCCACGCUGCUACUUCAAAUGGGCAAAGGGCACGUCAUACACACAAGGGCUUCUGAAGCUUGUCCAAUAUGUGUGAUUGUCAAAACAUGCUCUGCUUCCGUGACUGAUUUCGUUGCCGGUUUGGCGCCUGCUGUUCUUGCCUUUUUCCAUUCCGUCUGUUUGUCGUUGUGCUUCGCCCUCGUUCCUGCUCUUUAUUCACAUGCCCUAUAGCCUGUUGUCAGUGUUCCCCCCCCCCCUUUUUUUUUUUGUUGUGGUGCGAACAUGAUUCUUCACACUGUACAUCCUGAACAUACGAUUUGCGAUUUGCACCCCGCUGUGAUUGACCCUGCUGUAUCUGUCCUGUUAUUCGUGUUGUUUCAUACCAUAUGCGCUGGUGUUGGUUGGGGUCUUGUCUCCAUUACACAG